AUGGACCGACGAAGCGACAACUCGUCGAUGUGGGCCAUCAAGUUGCCCAGCGAGCUCUCGGGUGACGAAGCCCAGGAGAAGCUCGCUCAGAUCGCCGCCGAGCACGGCUGUCGUGUGUUGGGGCGGGUGGCCAACCUGAAGGACUACUUCCUGAUCGAGCACGACCCCAACCACUCGCGCAAGCGCAGUAUCGAGGGAUCGCUGCAAGACCAUCCCGACGUAGAGUGGGCCGGGUUUCAGCAUGCGCGCUUCCAGCAGAAGCGGCUUCCCGCCAUCACCGAUCCGCUGUAUGCCAGCCAGUGGCACCUCCACAACUCUGCCGGCGUGGACCUCAGCGUGGUGCCCGCUUGGGAGGCCGGCUACUCCGGCCGCGGUGUCGGUGUCUCAAUCGUGGACGACGGUCUCGAGUGGCGUCAUGGCGAUCUGGGCGAAGCGCGCUACAUGCGCGCUGCUUCUCAUGACUGGAACGGAAAGGACGACGACCCGUCGCCCGCCAGUUACGAUGACACCCACGGCACCUCGUCUCAUUUCUGGUCCCACGACCGACGCCAUGCGGGGGCUCUGUCUUACCACACCGACGAGAACUUCGUCUUCUCUGCCUCCUGGGGUCCGACCGAUGACGGUCUGCGGAAGGAGGGACCGGGGACCCUGCUGCUGGCCGCCAUGACCGAGGCCAUCACCAACGGCCGGAACGGCAAGGGCACCAUCUACGUGUGGGCCGGCGGCAACGGAGGCGCCCGGGACAACGUCAACUACGACGGCUACGCCAACAGCAUCUACACGGUCACGAUCGCGUCGGUGGACAGCAAUGGCCGGCACGCCUCGUACAGCGAGGAGGGUGCGUGCAUCAUCGCGAGCUCGCCCUCGUCUCCGCCCGGCAUCAGCACCACCGCCGUGCGCGGCAACUGCAAUACCCGCUUCGGUGGCACGUCGGCUGCGGCGCCCAUGAUCUCCGGCGUGGUGGCGCUUAUGCUCGAGGCCAACCCCAACUUGGGCUGGCGGGAUGUGCAAGACAUUUUGAUCCGCACGGCACGAAAGAACGACGCCACUGACCCGGGCUGGGUCAAUAACGGCGCCGGGCUGCACGUCAACCACAAGUAUGGUUUUGGUCUGGUGAGCGCCAGCGCGGCUGUGGUAAGGGCCGCGGAUCGAUCGCGCGCCCUGCUUCCCCCGAACGUCGCGCCCUUCGUGAGCACCAACCAGGCCCUCCCCGCUCUCGACAUUCCGGACAACAGCCCGACUGGUGUCACGGUCACCUUCACCGUGGAUCACCUUCGGGUGGUGCUGGUCUCGCCGGUGGGUACGCGGAGCGUGUUGGCGGUGCCGCACGGUGACACCCACGCGCACUACACCGGGUGGACCUUCACCUCCGUGCGCCACUGGGGCGAGAACCCCAUGGGCGUGUGGAAGCUCAUCCUCUCCGACGAAACCGCGAACAACGUCGGUCAGUUCAAUCGAGCCAUCCUCACCGUGCGCGGACAUUGA